UGCAAAAAAAUCUUAUUUUUUGGUCGACGAACUAGUGAAAGCCGUUCUUGGCAAAAUCUGCAAUAAGACGUGAUAAAGCCAUCUCACAAUUUUGAAACCUUUUUCUGGAAUUUGUUGUUAGUGUAAUAUAAGUGUUGUUCAAAAUGAUGAUAUACUUGUCGAUAGCAUUAAUAGCAGUAUCGUACUUUGUGUACUGGAUUCUAACGAAAAAUAACGGUUAUUGGAAGAAGAGAAAUAUUGCCGGACCCAAACCAGAGCCAUUGUUCGGAAACAUCAAGGACUUGGCACUUCACAAGAAGUUUAUAGGAACCGUUAUAGAAGAUCUUUACAACCAAUGUCCCAAUGAGAAAAUUGUAGGAUUUUACAGAAUGAUCCGACCGUCUCUUCUGAUCCGAGAUUUGGAUUUCAUAAAGCAUAUUAUGAUAAAAGACUUUGACAUGUUUAUGGAUCGAGGCAUCGGUUUGGCUAAAGACGGACUUGGAGCAAACUUGUUUACUGCGGACGGCGAUACAUGGAGAAUUCUCCGAACGAAAUUUACUCCGUUAUUUACCUCCGGUAAACUGAAAAAUAUGUUUCCUCUGAUAGCAGAACGCGCAGAUAGAUUAUUUGACUGUCUUGACAAUGUUAACGAAAGCUCAGAACAAGACAUACAAUUAAUAACUAACCGGUAUACGAUCUCAUCGAUCGCAGCUUGCGCUUUCGGUCUAGAUAUUGAUCUUCGAUCAGCUGACGAACCAAUACUCGAAAUCCUUUAUCGUCUGAAUAAGUUAAUUUUAGAAGCAAGAUACGGUAUUGAAUUUCUUGCUAUGAUUCCCGGCAUUUUGAAAACACUUAACACUAUUGUCUUCCCUACCGAAGUAACUAACUUUUUCCAUGAUCUUGUGAGAUCAGUUUUUACUCAAAGGAACGGUGUACCGUCAACUAGGAAGGAUUUUAUGGAUCUAAUAUUAGAAAUGAAACAACAGAAAGUUAUUCGUGGUAGCAAGCUAGUGGACGAUGAACAGAUCUCUGUAGAGCUGACAGAAGGCAUGAUUGCUGCACAAGCGUUUGUGUUCUAUGUGGCAGGUUUCGAAACUUCCUCCACUACUUUGUCCUUCUUAUUGUAUGAACUCGCCAAAAACCCCGAAAUCCAAGAUAAACUAAUAAAAGAAGUGGACGAAGCUCUAGAAAAGAGUAAAGGGAAUAUAACUUAUGAUGUUUUAAUGGAUCUGCCGUAUAUGUCCAAGGUGUUUGACGAAACACUUCGAAAGUAUCCUGUAGUAGACCCGUUACAGAGAUGUGCGAUUAACGACUAUAAGAUCCCGGGUACCGAUUUAACGAUAAAGAAAGGAGAGGUAUUGUUUGUGUCGGUGGUCGGGAUACAUUACGACGAGAAAUAUUACCCUAAUCCUGAGAUAUUCGAUCCAGAGAGAUUCUCCGCUGAGAACUCCAGGAAUAGACACCCCUGCGCUUACUUGCCGUUUGGAACUGGACCCAGAAAUUGUAUCGGAAUGAGGUUCGCUAAGGUGCAGUCCCGGAUGUUCAUAGUGAAAUUGUUGUCACAGUACCGCGUGGAGACUUCAGAAAACACGCCAAAGAACAUGAAGCCAGACCCUAAUCGUGUAUUUUUAGGUCCAGAUCAACGCGUUAUACUGAAAUUAGUACCCAGACAUAGAUAAAACUUGAUUGUCUAACGUGAUGUGUAAGCUAAUUGCUGACGAUGGAUUGGUAUCCCGUCACCAUAUAACCCAACAUGACUAUCUUAAGAUGCCAAUACGGAGAGAUGUCAAAGUUGUCAAUCUCCAACAUAGAUUUACUACUAACGUAGAUUGAACAUCAGCGCUCAAAAAGUGGGACGCAAAGUUACUGUUAAUAUAGCGACGUUGACAGUACUUUACCUCAGUGCGCGGUUAAGUGCCGAACUGGCAACACGGGGAAGUGCGUGAUAAAUACUUGCAAAAAUAAAAGCUCAAAGCGAAAAAAUAAGGACGGAACAUCAUAUUUCUAAUAAGUAAUGACAUUUUGCAUGUUAUCAUAGUAUAAACAUUUUAAUUUUCGCAGUAAAACCCGCAAAAAAUAAUAUUUUAGUUUAAAAUAAAAUAAAUCAAGUACUCCCGGUCAAUCCGAGUCGCAGUAUAAUCCGACCGCGUUACGAAGCACCACGCCCUAAUAUACGUAAUAAGACGAUGCGUACUUUCUUAAUUUUAUACGAUUUUAUUGAAUGUAUAUACCACUGUGUACGAAUGAAUAGCUAAAUAAGCGUCAAGUUUUCGCCGCAUUUUUGUAUCAAGCGCUGUAUCUAUGGUAGUGGUAAAUCAAUGAUUGGUAUUUACAAGGCAAAAGCUUUGCUUUGUCUUCAGCAGUGAGACAUUUACGUAAGACUGUUUAUGUACUGUGAUUAUUAAGUACUUAAUUGUAGAAUUUACAUUAAGAUUUUAUUUAUAACUUGAUCGUUUUUUUGCUACAAUCGUAGUAUUAUUGUACCUACAUAAUUCUCUGUAUUAGUUUAUAAAUCAGAAAGGUUGCAUUAAUAAUUAAAAUGGUCAAAGGUAGAAUGAAUAUUAGUAUAUACUUUUAUGUUUAAUGUAAUCGUAAAGAAUAGUUCCUUCAAAGAGAAAAUUAAAUCGAAAAAGUCUGACUCCGACCGACGUGACUAGACCCCACAGCUUUUGUCAAGCCGGGUCGAGUGUAACCAUUACACCACCGGAUCCCCGAAGGCGGAUCCAUGACCCCCAUGACACACCCCCCCUCCCACUGGACCCGCCCUUGCAGGUUCAAUGCGAAAUCUUCAAUCUAAAUCCCCAUUAGUUCCUCCAGUUCAUUUAUAAGUAAAUACCGUUUUGUUUUAGUUACGUUAUUACGUUGUUGUAAGUGUAAUGUAAUUUUUAAUGCCUUUUGGAUUAAGUAUGUCUUUCCGGUUGUGGUUUGUCCGGCAAAGUAGUUAAUGUAAUUUGCGGCAAAUCUACGAUAAGUCAUGUCAAAAAAACAUCCGUUGUGGGGGAGGCCCGAG